CCGGUACCGGAAACGGUCCUAGUUUCUGUUCGUCGGUUGUGUGUUGUGAUCAGACAAGAUAUGUUGACUGGCCUACCUACAAUUGAAUAUGUCUCGGUAUACUUUUUGAUAAGAUGCGUACGACCAUUGAUCAAAUUGGAUAUGCAGACUUCGACUUCCAUAACAAUUUAGGGACUAAGUCUAUAAUGCUUUGAAGGAAACAUGACAUCUAGAAAACGACGCCAGCUUCCUGAUUGGAUGGCAGUGUGUAAAGUACAGAAAACAGACACAGAUCAAGAUGUACCGUGUAGUUCAGCUUCGGUAAAUGAUGUGGCUGUGACGUCAGGAAACAGCAGUGGUAAUUCAAGUAACCAGGAUGAAAAUUGUAAGAAAAUCAAGACAACUUCAUCCGCAGAUGGAGCAGACACCAAAUUUAGUAAAUUUGACAAUACAGUGCUUAAAUGUUACAGCAAAGAAGAAAGGCAUAGUCUAGCAGCAGCUGAAUUCCAGAAGAAAAUGGAUGACUUUCUUCCAGAGAUGCUAUUCACUGGUACGCUAACAUACUCAUCCCAUAAAAAUGACUGCAAUGCACUGUGUGAGGAGAUAGAAUCAAGUUUUGUGGGAGAUUUCAUAGGAUUUGACAUGGAAUGGCCGGUCACCUACAGGCCCGGACAACAGGAUCCAACCGCAGUAGUUCAGUUGUGUACAGGACCUCAGCAGUGCUACAUCUUUCACUUGUCUACCAUGGAAUGUAUACCUCCACAACUUAACAGACUGCUUAAAAACAGCAACAUCAAGAAAGUAGGGGUUGGAAUCGAGUGUGAUCUGUGGAAACUUGAGAGAGACUAUGAUAUACAGGUACAACCAAUCAUCAAAAAUUCUAUGGUGGAUCUGGCACUGUUCGCAAACAAAGUACUGAAGACAACUGAAAACUGGAGUUUGGAUGGUCUAGUACGUCAUCUGUUCAAGCAAAAAAUUAAUAAAAACCCUGAGAUUAGAAAAAGUAACUGGUCACAAUAUCCUCUAUCGGAGACCCAGAAGAUGUAUGCAGCUACAGACGCCUAUGUUAGCUAUGAGAUAUACCAGAGAUUGUUAAACCUUGAUAAAAAUUGAUUCAUUUUACGGACGAUAAAAGGUACAUUUAUAUACAUGUAAUAUGCAGCAAUGUUGUUUGAUGUCAGCAGUUAUCUGUACUGGCCUUUGUAAAGGAUUGUAAAAUCACACACAUAUAUAUGCAUGUCACUUUUAAUCGGUAAAACUAAAAGUGAAAAUGUGUUGGAAAAAAGAGAAAUUAUAGAGUCGUAAGAGUUAUUUCCCUUUACCAGUGCAGGACUAUGUUUCAAGGGUAUAUUUUUGGUUGUUGCCAGAAUCUGGAACUGCAAUACCAAUAUAUAUCAUAUGGCAAAUAUAACCUUUUUUUGUACCAAAUAAAGGAACACUUUUUUUUUUACCUUUUCACCACAACGCAUGCAAUAGCCUUGUAAGGUUUAUCCAGACUCCUCAGCCUGUUUUUAGUGUUAAUUUCAAAACAAUGCUGUAAAGAUUGAUGUGCAUGGAAACGUCUUGCUAGGUCUAAAAAUGCAUGUCUGGUAACAAUUGUAACAUUUCAAAAAAUAAUACAAUAGGCAUGUCAAUCAGGAUUGCUUUCAUUGUUUUAACAAUUUCAAUGUAUUGAUAGUUUAUAAAGCUGGAAACAUGACAUCAAUGGCACUUCCUUGAAAAUGGCCGAAAACCUGAUCAGGGUGGUGAAACAAAUAUAAAAUUAUUGGUCAGUCUUUACAGAAACACAGGUAUUUUUAGGAUUCAGGCUCCAGCUCUCAGACUAUUUAUGAUAGAGCUGUUGGCAGGACAGAAGGGAGGACUCCCUGGACAAGAUUCAAUUACAAAACAGAUUCCCUGUUCUAAAAAUCCUCGUCAGCAAGGUUGUUUCUGGCAUAUGGCCGGCUUGUUUCUAUACAUUUCUUUGCAUGUCUGGAAAAAUAAAUGAAUUUUUUAUUGUGCCAUAACUUCACUUUAUUAAUUUGUUUGUGCUAAAUAUAUAAAUUAGGUUGCAAAAAGGUAACAUAUAGAUCUACAUGUAGGUUCAAACCCAUCUUUAUGUUAAUGCUCUAUUAUGAAGUAUGCCAAUUACGAUUUGGAAUUCCUCUGUAUCUGAAAUAAAAGAAAGAUAUCCAUGGUAUCUGAGGACCCAAACACUGUAGACUUGUAGACAAUACUCAGGAGUAAAAGACAUUUAUUCAAGGUGCCAUGAAAGCCUGAUGAUGAACUUGUAUAUGAAAUGACUAAUAAAUGUCAAUACAAUGUAUGUGAAGACAGCAUUUAAAAUUCAUAUCAUUGUCAUUUUUCAGUUCAUAGACAUCAUCAAUAAAAAACCCAACAAAACAAAGGCAGCUCUGAUAUUAUAUUCAUUUGUUAUUAAUUCGUCAUAUUAUAUACAAUUUUAGAUGUACGUUAUUGUAUAAUGAGUUUAUAAUGGAUAGCUUUAACUUAAGUUUAUCUAAUAUUGAUCUAACAAAUCUCUGUGUUAGUUACUUUCAUACUAGAUUAAUGAAUUUGAUAUUCCAUAGAUAAUUUAUUUUGUAAUAAUUAGAGUUCUUAUAGACAAACAUGAAAUAUCUGUAACAUGUUUUUUUCGUCCAUACUAUUUCUAAGUAGUACUUGUAUCAUUCAUUAAAAUUAAUAUGUUCAUCAUUUGUUGAAGUGAAGUACUAUGAUCGGGUAUGUACUUUAGUUUGAUGAAAAGUGUGCAUUUUUGAAAUAAGUAACAUCAUUUUCAUAUUAAAAAAAGAAAGCAUGCAUUUAAUUUUAAUAUUUAAAAGGUGAACAAAGAAAGUUCAUUUAAUAUAAUGCUGCAAGUACAAUUAGUAAAUUACUUCAAGAUUUUUUCUUCAAGAUUUUUAUAUUGAUACAUAUAUCUUUUGAUACACAUGAAGAUGUGUAACAUGAGGUCAUUAGUGACAUACAGUGGAUAAUACUUAAAUAUAAAUUUCCAUAUCAACUGCAGUUUUUUUAAGUAUAUGUUGCAUUUAUGUAUGUCUGUCUUAAAUAUUCAAUAAUUAAUAUUGCUUGUUAAUAUUUUUCUGUUAAAUACUUAUAACUUUAAAUAAAUAAUAAGAACCAAUUCAUGGUCGGUAUUCGAUAUAUGACUUGACUCAAUAUUUCUUGUAUACAUUGAAAUGUAAUUGAUUGCCUUGUAUAUGUGUAUUUGCAAUUUAUUUCCUUAAUACAAUAUUUUGUUUCUUUCAAUAAAGUUUAUUUUGAA